AUGUCGGCAGGGAGCCUUCUUUUGACGGAGGAGCAGCUCCUGUGCUGCAUCUGUCUGGACGUGUUCACCAAUCCGGUCACGUUACCGUGUGGACACAACUUCUGCAAAAGCUGCAUCACACAGCACAUGAAUUUUAAUUCCCACCGCCAGUGUCCUCUGUGUAAAGAGCGCAUUGAUAAGAAACAUAAACUUGUGGUCAAUACGUUCAUAUCUGAGAUGGCCGUCCAGUUCCGACAGUCAGCUGGAAAGGACGCCAGCAGCAGCUCAGAGCAACACGAGGAAACCAACCCAGGGAAAGUUUCUAAUGACGUUCCCAUUGGACUAAAACGGAAGUCUAGGCUGCUGUUAGCAAUGAGCCUGACAUUUCUAACCAUCUACUUAGCAACGAAUUUAAAGCUUCAUCAAAUAGUAUCCAACCUGAACUUUCAUCAGCUGUUUGAUGCCAUUGAGAUGACGGCAGACAGCAUGUGUACUGAACAUGACAAACCUUUGGAGCUCUACUGCAAGAAUGAACAAAUGUCCGUUUGUCGCGCCUGCGCUGACUCCAGUCACAGAUUUCACCAUGUAGUUUCUCUGAAAGAAGAAUUUGAAGUAAAGAAGGCAGAGCUGCGGAAAACAGAGGCUAAACUUCAGCAGAUGAUCCAGGAGAGACGACUAAAGGUUCAGGAGGUCGAACACUCAGUAAAGCUCAGCAGGGAAACCGCAGACAGAGAGACAGCAGACGGUCUUCAGGUCUUCGCCGCUCUGACUCAGUCUGUGGAACAAGCCAAGGCCGAGUUCAUCAGGACGAUUGAAGAGAAGAAGAGAGCGAAGGAGGAACAGGCCAAAGAUGUCAUCCGAGAGCUGGAGCAGGAGAUCUCUGAGCUGACGAGGAGGCGUGCUGAGGUAGAUCGGCUCUCGUGCUAUGAAGACCACCUCCAUUUCCUCCGGAAAUCCUCGACCCUGAAUGCUGCUCCGCCCACCAACGACCGGACAGAGAUCAGCACUUGUCCUGCAUCAUAUGCAGGAAUCAUCAGGACGGCUGUGUUGAGCGCUGUGAACCAGCUGACAGAGACAGUCACACAGGAGAUGAAGAAGCUGCAGGAAGACGAGCUGAGACAAGUCCAGCGGAACACGGCGGACGUGGCAUUGGAUCCUGAUACGGCACAUCCUGCUCUCGUCCUGUCCGAUGACGGGAAACAAGUACGUCACGGUGACGUGUGGAAGAAACUCCCAGAGAACUCAAAGCGAUUUGAGACUGCGAUCAGUGUUUUGGGAAAGCGGGGUUUCUCCUGUAGAAGGUUUCACUAUGAUGUUCAGGUUAAAGGGAACAUUGGCUGGACUUUGGGCGUGGCCAAACAGUCAGUCAAUAGGAAGGGAGAAAUUACACUGAAUCCCGAGAACGGCUACUGGACUCUGUGUCGGAGGAAUAGAAACGGGUACUUCGCACUUGACGACCAGCCCGUCCCUCUCUCUGUGAAUGAUCACCCAGAGAAGGUGAGAGUGUUUGUGGAUUACAAGGAGGGUCUGGUCUCCUUUUAUGACGUGGACACAGCAGCUCUUCUCUACUCCUUUACUGGCUGCUCCUUCACUGAAAAACUCCUCCCAUUCUUCAGUCCUGGCAGGAGUGACGGCGGCAGGAACUCCGCCCCCCUGAUUAUCUCUCCUGUCGAUCAGUCAGUGUUGUAG